AUGAGUUCUAAGCCCAGCUACCUCCCAGUGGAAAUCAUUCUAAUUUUGCUGUCUACUCAGCAAGCCCGUUCACUGCUUUUCUUUCCACGCGGCGGCUCAAUAGGUUUAUUAGCUGCUGUGGCAAUUCCAUUGGAUCUGACGUAUCGCAAUGUUUAUAUGGCCUUCAAUUUUGAGUCGAACUACGGCUUGCCAUCGAAUGAUUCGUACAAUGAAUGGAUCGAUAGGUGGGAUCUGGACGAGGGUUUCCUCGGCAUUGGCAGCGAUGUAACGCCCAUAGAUGGACGCACUGGCGAUAACCUGGAGAAACGUUCGAUUGCGGCACCGCCCCGGUUUACACGUCACGACUUCUACAGAGCGAUUGUUAACUAUUUGGGUCAGUAUGGCUACAAUGGCAGUGCCUGUUUGCUGCGCACCAUCUGUGAGGUGAGCGCCGCACCGCUGGAUGCCCACAACGGCCUAUUAGGCAGCAUAUUCAAAAUUCUAUUCAUGCCAACAACAAGCGCCGCCGAGCUGCGACUCCAGCACGUGGACAGCCUCUAUGCAGCUGCAGAGCUUGGCACGCGCAAUCUAAACUGUGCUGAUUACGUGGCUGGCUGUGCACACAGUAUGCUGGACAUGAUAAGCGUUAUGCUCUAA